CCGGGUUCCAGCAUUCUGGUCCAAAUCCACUUCUUAGUUGCCUGUGCAACACACACACACUGUACACACACAGGGGCUGGUAGCUAGCUGCAUCGAUCGUGGCUCCUUUAAGACAAGCUCAGCCAGAAAUAUCACCCCACCUCCUCUUGAUCUCAUUUAGAGGCUAUUGCAUACAAAAAUCUGCUCAGGAGUUGAGACUGAUCAAAGAGAGAGCUUGAUUUUUGUAUGCAUUUGAGUAUUAACAUUUAAGGUGUCCCGACCAGUGGAAGCGCACGGCGGAUCAUCAUUCAUUCACUACCUUGACAACCUCGCCUUUGAUUGACAGCUGGAGUGGCAACAACCCAUGAGACUUGCUAGUUUUGUUUGAGGGGCACUUUUUUUUUUUUUUUUUUUUUUGGAUUUGGGAAAGAAGAUUUGUUCUCUCACUUUUGCUGUCCUGGAAAAAAAAGAAGGAGCUAUUUUAUUAUACUGAAUGUGCUUCAUCAUUAGCUGACGUUGAGCUGAAGUGAAGAUCUGGUUUGUUCGUCCACUUGAAAAGGAACGUACGGGAUUUGUAAGCUAGUAUUUGGAGUUUGCGGGUUUAUUUUCUUUCACACUGGCCUCCUAGGAAAUAUAUUAGAAGUUGAAGAAGGAUAGAGGCAGGCCAAUGGCGCAAAGGUACGACGAUUUACCUCACUAUGGUGGGAUGGAUGGAGUAGGGAUCCCAACCACCAUGUAUGGGGACCCUCAUGCGGCCAGAUCUAUGCAGCCUGCCCACCAUCUGAAUCACGGUCCUCCGCUCCACUCGCACCAGUACCCGCACACAGCUCACACCAACGCAAUGCCCCCCAGCAUGGGUUCUUCUGUCAACGAUGCCUUAAAAAGAGAUAAAGAUGCCAUUUACGGGCACCCGCUCUUCCCUCUUUUAGCACUGAUUUUUGAGAAAUGUGAAUUAGCGACUUGCACGCCAAGGGAACCCGGAGUAGCAGGCGGGGACGUUUGCUCCUCAGAGUCCUUCAAUGAAGAUAUAGCAGUAUUCGCUAAACAGAUACGGGCUGAAAAACCUUUAUUUUCUUCAAACCCAGAACUGGAUAACUUGAUGAUACAAGCCAUCCAAGUAUUAAGGUUUCAUUUAUUGGAGCUAGAGAAGGUACACGAACUGUGUGACAAUUUCUGCCAUCGGUAUAUUAGCUGCUUAAAAGGAAAAAUGCCCAUUGACUUGGUUAUAGAUGACAGAGAAGGCGGAUCUAAAUCAGAUAGUGAAGAAAUCACAAGAUCAUCGGGAAAUCAUGAUCAGACUUCAUGGAACAGAGAUCAUGAUGACACAGCAUCAACACGCUCUGGUGGGACGCCGGGACCCUCCAGUGGGGGACACACAUCACACAGUGGGGACAACAGCAGUGAACAAGGUGAUGGUUUGGACAACAGCGUUGCUUCACCCAGCACAGGAGAUGAUGAUGACCCCGACAAGGAGAAAAAGCGCAAUAAAAAACGAGGAAUCUUUCCCAAAGUAGCUACAAAUAUCAUGAGGGCCUGGCUAUUCCAGCACCUCACACACCCUUACCCCUCAGAAGAACAGAAAAAGCAGCUGGCACAAGACACAGGUCUCACUAUACUACAAGUGAACAACUGGUUCAUUAAUGCAAGGAGAAGAAUAGUUCAACCCAUGAUAGACCAGUCCAAUCGAGCAGGCAAGUCCCCAAUAGUAACUGUAUUCAAGUCUCGCAGGCGAAAACCAUCAUCAAGCCAUUUACCGGGAAGUCCUUUUUUACCUGUAAGUCAAGGAGCACCCUACAAUCCAGACGGACAGCCGAUGGGAGGUUUUGUCAUGGAUGGCCAGCAGCACAUGGGAAUUAGACCACCUGGGCUACAAGGCAUGCCAGGUGACUAUGUGUCUCACAGUGGUCCGAUGGGUAUGAGUAUGGGACAGCCAAGCUAUAACCCUCCCCAGAUGCCCCCACAUUCUGCUCAGCUGCGCCACGGACCUCCCAUGCAUUCCUACAUUCCUGGACACCCCCAUCACCCAGCAAUGAUGAUGCAUGGUGGACCACCCCACCCUGGAAUGCCAAUGUCAGCAUCUAGCCCCACAAUGCUUAAUCCAGGGGACCCAACAAUGGGUGGACAAGUCAUGGACAUUCAUGCCCAGUAGCUUAAAGGAUUUUUUUUUUUUUUGGAAAAACAUAAAGUGUCUGCAGCAAAGACAUCUUUCGUAUGUAGACUUAAUAAAGUGACUAAGGAGCUCCGUUCUUGGCAUCAACUUUGGACCAAGGAGAAGCCCGUGUUUUUAUUUACUGGGACCCUACAAACAGGAAACACCCUAAAAAACAAAUGAAAACAAAUAAUACGAAUGACUCCUGGGGGACAUGUUGAGUACUGUUGUAAUUUGCAUUGGACUUUUUAGCGAGACAAGAAUUGAUUAUUGUAAAUGCUAUUGUACUGUUCUGCAUAUAAUGUUGUUUCUUAUAGAAUUUUUUUUUUUUAAAUGAUGUGAACUUUUUUCCACACUAUGUGUGUGUGUGUCGUUUCCAUAGACCAUAACCUCCUCCCGAAACCUCCGUAAAUUUAAAUAUAUAUAUAUAUAUAUAUAUAUAUAUAUAUAUAUAUAUAUAUAUAUAUAUAUAAAAGCCUUCCAGUUAACUUGCAAAUGACAGAAAAUUGCUUAUUUGCAGGAUUUUUAUGACAUUAAAAUAACUGAGGUGGAAGACUCACCCAUCCCAGGAUUUCAACUAUGCUCUCUCUAUCUCUCUGACUAGCCUUGGGCUUGAAUUUGCAUGUCUAAUUCAUUUACUCACCAUAUUUGAAUUGGCGUGAACAGAUGUAAAUGGGGAAAGAUGGGAAAAGAUUCGGCCAUCUACUAUAAUUAAUCAGCUGUUGCAGGCAGCGUCUUAAGGAGACUGGUAGGAGGGAGCAUGGAAACCAAAAGGUGUUACAUCAGAACAUUCAUGUCCCCAUGCAACAAGAAGCCACCAAAUGUGUUUUCUGCAAUUCAAAUACAAUUUUUUUUUUUUUAAAUAAAUAUAUGGACAGAGAAAGAUUUUCUUUUUGAUUAUGUUCACUUUAUUUCUGAGCAGGACAUCAGUCAUGUGUGUGUUUCCUUUCCAUGGUCCCAUCUUGGAGAGUUUAUGUAUACGUUGUAAAUAAAUAAAAAAAAACAAUUGUGCAAAAAGCACUGGAAAUAAUUAACUGUAUUAUUGCAAUUUUUUUUGUAAAAGUAGCAGUUUGGUAUGAGUUGGCAUGCAUAAAGAAUUCACUAAAUGGGAUAAAGCUUAUGCCUUUGUUGUGGUUUUAAAAAAAUGCUUGUGGAUAGCUUUUCUAUCAAGAAACCAAGGGUUUAAUAACAAUUAAUAACGAUCUUCGCACACCGAGUCUUAGAGUUUUCUGAUUAAAGCAGUUUGGACUGUAUAAUAACAACAGAGCCCAGAUGUUGUAGUUUAACUGUGUGCGGUAAUGAAAUCUGAACAUAAAAUAAAAAAAAAAUAUUUUUUGUCAUGCUGA